UGCAGAGAUGCUGCAGUGGCUCUGGGCGCACACACAUCCACACACAGGCAAGCAGCAGCGCCUGGGAAGGACUUGCCUGGGGGAGGCGGAGGACAGGCAGCGACGGGAAGGUUGUUUCAGCAGCAAGGACGCCAGGCUUUCCCCUGCACAGGCGCUCGCCCCGGGCGUGCACACGCACGUGUCAAUCCAGGCCCAGGGUUGCUGUCCCCACUCCACAAUAAAGACUCACUUUGCUGGGCCGUAAUCUCUGAUCCAGAGGCCCACGAUGGGAGCAGCAAUGGAGCUUGUUUUCAUGUCAUUAGCCAUCAUCUCCCUUACGGUAUGGUGCCAGCCACACAGUAGCAUGAGGAACUAUGGGCCAAUCUUUGAAGAGCAACCAGUCAACACGCUCUUUCCUGAAGGCUCAACGGAAGAGAAGAUAACUUUGGCCUGUCGAGCAAGAGCCAGCCCUCCUGCCACAUACAGGUGGAAGAUGAAUGGCACAGAGCUGAAGAUGGAACCAGACUCCCGUUACCGGCUGUUUGGGGGCGACCUAGUGAUAAGCAACCCAGUAAAAUCCAAGGAUGCUGGGUCUUACCAGUGUGUGGCAUCUAACCCAAGGGGCACAGUCGUCAGCAAAGAAGCCCACAUCCGCUUUGGCUUUUUGCAGGAAUUCUCUACAGAGGAACGAGACCCCGUGAAGAUCACCGAAGGCUGGGGAACGAUGUUCCCCUGCACCCCGCCUCCGCACUACCCAGGUCUGUCAUAUCGAUGGCUCCUGAAUGAAUUUCCCAAUUUCAUCCCGGCGGAUGGAAGGCGCUUUGUCUCCCAGACAACAGGCAACCUUUACAUUGCCAAGACGGAGGCAUCAGACCUGGGCAACUACUCCUGCUUUGCUACUAGCCACAUUGACUUCAUCACAAAGAGCGUCUUCAGCAAGUUUGCCCGACUCAACCUCGUUGCAGAGGAUGCCAGACCGUACGCGCCCAGCAUUAAAGCCAAGUUUCCUGCUGACACCUACGCGCUGGCUGGGCAGGUGGUGACUUUGGAGUGCUUUGCCUUCGGAAACCCUGUCCCCCGAAUAAAGUGGCGGAAGGUGGAUGGCUCUCAGUCCUCCAAGUGGAUCGCCAAUGAGCCCAUCCUGCAGAUCCAGGACGUGGGCUUUGAGGACGAAGGCACUUACGAGUGCGAGGCUGAGAACAGCAAAGGAAAAGACACCUACCAGGGCCGCAUUAUCAUUCAGGCUCAGCCAGAAUGGCUGAAGGUGAUCACGGACACAGAAGCGGACAUCGGGUCAGACCUGCGCUGGAGCUGUGCUGCAGCCGGCAAGCCGAGGCCAGCGAUCAGAUGGCUACGGAACGGGCAGACAUUAAUUUCUCAGAACCGCAUUGAAGUGAGUGGCGGAGAGCUGCGGUUUUCCAAGUUAGCUCUGGAGGACUCCGGCAUGUAUCAGUGUGUGGCCGAGAACAAACAUGGCACAGUGUAUGCAAGUGCUGAAUUAACGGUGCAAGCAUUUGCUCCAGAUUUUCGGCUAAGCCCAGUGAAGCGCCUCAUACCGGCAGCCCGAGGUGGGGAGGUCAUCAUCCCGUGCCAGCCAAAAGCCGCGCCAAAGUCCAUCGUGCUCUGGACCAAAGGGACAGAACUCCUGAUCAACAGCAGCAGGGUGACCAUUACACCGGAUGGCACUUUGAUCCUCCGUAACAUCAGCAAGUCUGACGAAGGGAAGUAUACCUGCUUUGCUGAGAAUUUCAUGGGCAAAGCCAACAGCACCGGGAUUCUCUCAGUUCGAGAUGCUACCAAAAUCACCCUGGCACCCUCUAGUGCUGACAUCAAUGCAGGUGACAACAUCACCCUGCAGUGCCAUGCCUCCCACGACCCAACCAUGGACCUAACUUUCACAUGGUCCCUGGAUGACAUCCCCAUUGAUAUUGAGAAGUCUGACGGGCACUACAGGCGAGCUAGCACGAAAGAGGCUAUCGGGGACCUCACCAUCUUAAAUACUCUGCUGAAACAGUCUGGGAAAUACACGUGCACAGCCCAGACGGUUGUGGACAGUGCUUCAGAGUCAGCCGUGCUGAUUGUAAGAGGACCUCCAGGUGCUCCCGGGGGCGUGGUGGUGAGGGACAUCACCGAAGCUACCAUUCAACUGAGCUGGAGCCGAGGCUUCGAUAACCACAGCCCUAUCGCCAAAUAUGUCAUCCAGGCCCGCACCCUGCUGUCCAACAAAUGGAAGCAAGUGCGCACCAAUCCUGCGACUAUCGAAGGCAAUGAAGAGACAGCCCAGGUGGUGAACCUCAUUCCCUGGAUGGAUUAUGAAUUCCGGGUCAUAGCCAGCAACAUCCUUGGAACUGGGGAACCCAGUGCACCCUCCAGCAAAAUCCGCACCAAAGAAGCAGCACCUACCGUGGCACCAUCCGGGCUCGGAGGAGGAGGAGGGGCACCCAAUGAACUCAUCAUCAACUGGACGCCCAUGCUGAGGGAGUACCAGAACGGAGACGGCUUUGGUUAUAUCCUGUCGUUCCGUAAGCAAGGCACCCAGGCGUGGAUGACAGCCAGGGUGCCUCACGCAGAGUCUCUGCACUACGUUUACCGCAAUGAGAGCAUUGGACCCUACACCCCGUUUGACGUGAAGAUUAAAGCGUACAAUCGGAAAGGGGAGGGACCAGAGAGCCUGACCGCUGUCGUGUACUCAGCAGAAGAAGAGCCCAAAGUGGCUUCUUCCAGGGUCACUGCCAAAGCUGUUUCAUCUUCGGAAAUGGAUGUGUCCUGGGAGCCGGUUGAGCAGGGAGACACGAAUGGAGUCCUUCUUGGCUAUGAGAUCCGGUACUGGAAAGACGGUGAUAAAGAGGAAGCAGCAGACAGAGUGAGGACGGCGGGUCUAGUCACAGCUGCUCACGUAACAGGCCUGAACUCCAACACCAAGUACCACGUGACAGUCCGAGCUUACAACCGGGCCGGAACUGGACCAGCCAGUCCAUCUACAAACAUCACAACCACGAAGCCACCACCUAGGAGACCACCUGGCAACAUUUCCUGGACCUUUUCUGGCUCUGGCGUCAGCAUCAAGUGGGACCCUGUAGUAGCACAGGGGGAUGAGUCGGCUGUCACCGGGUACAAGAUGCUUUACAGGCAGGACUCGCACUCCAUUCCUACCCUGUAUCUGUCCAGCAAGAACCGACUCGAUAUCCCAGUGCCUGAAGACUUCACUCAUGCCCUGGUACAGAUUAGGGCAACGGGGCCAGGAGGAGAUGGAGUCCCAGCGGAGGUUCACAUCCUCAGGAACAGCGGCACAAGCAUGAUGGUGGAAAGUACUGCAGCCACUCCAACACCAUACACUGUCGUUAUCAUGACUAACUCUUUAGUAAUGUUGACCCUGAUUGGCUAUUUGGAGCUCUGAUGCUGGCCUGCGCAACUGAAGAUUACUGGACACCGUUCCCCGUAAACUAGCGGGGAACUAUUCUACAGUUGGCCAUUACAACGAGUUUGUACUGCAGUGGCGAUGAAACGUGGUUUGUCAAAAUCAAUUUAAGGGAACAACAAAAAACCAACAAAAAAAACCAAACACCCAUUUUUUUUUUUUUUUUUUUUUUUUUUAGGAAAUAGAACAUUUCAUACAAGACAUGGGUCUUUAACCAAUCAAAGAUUUUUUUAGAGAAAAAAGAAACAAAGAGGAAGAACUCUGCGUGAAUUCUUGGGUGGUGGCUGUCACGUAUACUGUACCCAGUAGGUUUUCUGCCUUACGAAGCCAUGUAUGAAAAUAAUAAGACUCAUAAACUUGACUUUUUUAAAUAUGUACAGUACCGUGCGGGGGGGGAAGGGGGGCGGUGGAUUUCAAUCUGAUCAGCAUGUUCCAUAUAAACCACAGUUACAACCUGAGCUGACAGCUGUGAUCAAAGAUAAGGGAGAAUUAUUGGCGGGUUUUUUUCUCCCCAAGGAUAGCUGCUUAAGAAGAUACGGCCGCAAGAGAGAAGGAUUUAUCUGCCACGCUUGUUCCAAAGGAGGAUGACGAGGUCAGUACUUCAGCUGUGCUGAUGGAUCGCAGGUGAAAUGCUUUAAUGGUCUCAACUUGCAGCCCCUUACUACUACGCGAACUGACUGUGCCGUGAGCUGCGACGUUCAGUGUUACCCCAUCCCAGAAGCUAGUUUUUGUUGCUGCUGCUUUGUUCCUAUCUUUUUCUUUGCAUAAGGGGAGGGGGGAUGCUUUUCUGGAGUCCCAAAGAUCCGGCCUAUAAAAGAGAUGUCGGCAGACCUCAUCUUCAGCAAAGAGAGAAAGUGUCUUACAGUGAGGAAGAGGAGCGGUAGUGUGGCUGAUCCCAGAUACUUCAAGGACUAGUGACUCAAGGAAGCCAAUGAUGAAGUAAUGGGGAAGAUCUGGACCCAGAAGAGAUUCUCUUCCCUGGCAUCGAUGGUUGCCGUCUAGCCAAGCCGUUGGCCAUACCCCCUGGUUGGGAGAUCAAAGUCGACCCAAUAACUCAGUCUGGCUUCUCACAUGCGAGAUGCAUGCCUGCAACCAACUAAAGGAGGUAUCAGGGUGUCCUGGAGAUGUGUGGCAGUAUUGAGCUGCUUCAGAGACUGGGCUGGCUGGGAAAAGUUUGGCGCUCCAUAUAAUCUAGAAAUUCAAUGGGGAAGUGACUGAAUGACCAAAGUUUACCGCAGGACAAUUUCAAACUCUCUUUGGUAUUUCCCAGGCUCUCUUUCAAGGAUAUUUGCCCAUCUAUUCUUUCUUCCAAUUGGACAUUACUGCUGAGCUAAGCAAUCUUAUUCACAGUGGCAUAACCUGGGGUUACAUUUGCAGGUCAGCGCACCGGAAAGGGAAGCGACUGAAAUGCUGUUUCUGUGUUGGGUGCCAGAACCUUUGCCCUGUCCAACUUUAUGGAAAAUUAACCAGUAGGGUUCAGGAAACCUGUUAUGAUCCCACCUACACUUGCUCCUUGCAAUUUGCUCCCCACUGAACCUAUCGAUUUUAGGGAGCAUCUGUCUGAUGACGUAAUAGCAUAAAAAACCAUUGGGAGCAGUUCCUUCCUUCUUCCUGCUAAACCCAAGCUUGCUAGAUUAAGUUCUGUUCAGACCGAUGACUAUUAGCAUCCUGACUCCUCGACAAAGUUAACCACGUACGUUCCUCUCAAUGUAUAAGGAUUAUUUUAUGUAUAUGACCACAUGAAAAAAAGUGUUUGGAUAUUAAAAUGGGAAGCGGGGGUUUUAAAAAUACAAACGGGAACUAGAAGCCAAACUCCUAAGGAAAGCUUUCAGUGUAGAUCUGAUGCGAUGAAGUUGACUUCCACAAAUAAAGGGGCCGGAUCCUCAGCUUUCCUCCUUGAGGUUGCUAGUUGGAAUUUUAAUUCUAGCUGGUUGACAGACGAUGCAGAUAGUUUAUCAACACUAAAGGCUAGAUUUUGGUUGGUCUUUACAAGAUGUCAGUGGCUUUAGAAAGUGCGCAUGUGUGUUGGCAGGGUAGGGGGGAAUGCACAGACCUCGCUAAAUUCCAGUCUGGGUACGGUCUGGUCAGAAUUGCAGCCUAGCAGGAGUGCAAGGGAUGCUACUGCUAAGCCUUCCCCAGGCCAGGAUGAAACAAGGAGAGCUGGAAGGUAACAGGGCAGGCAGGCCAAGCGCAGGGGGUAAGCCGAUUUUCCUAAACAGAUCUGUAGAUGUGACCAGGGAGAUCCCGGUGCUAUUGCAUCCCCAGUGCUCUCCAGGAGACGGUGUGGUUCUGCACAGCCCCUUUUAUGGGCCGUGUCCGAAAAACACAAUCUCACCCUAGGUGUCAUAUGGGGGUCAUGGAUAAUUCACUCUUGGGUAAUCAUUUCAAAAGCUGCUGCACCCUGGACCUUAGCACAUGCUUAGGGGCUUAGGUGCAUAAAUCCCUGGCCAUCUAGAUUAGUUAUACCCUACUGAAUACACCAGCAAGAUCCCAUUAUAAUCUCAUAGCAUCUGUCCCAUACAACAUGCUUUACAUAGCAAGGAAAUACAUUGGUAGAAACCUAACAACAAGAAGCAACACACAAGGUCUGAAAGCUGGGAAUCAAGGUGAAGAAUGAACCUUAAUAUAUUUGGCAAAUAAAAGGAAAAGAGAGAGAGGUGGAGGAGAGGAAAAAUCCAUGCCAUGGAACAGGAAAUUGCUAAACAUUUCGAGAGAAGGUACAGGCAGCACUUUCCUGGUUUCCCCUAUAAAUAAAUCCCCUGGGGAAAGUCAGUAAAAGACUCAUACUGUUAGGAUGGGCAAAGGAACAGAUACAGACCAAGCAGAAGGAAUUUUAUUUAGCUUCACCAGGAUUUUUGUCCAUAGCUUUUAGCUACCUCCCUGUAGUUACACAGCUUGUAUAAUUGCACCGUAAUCUACUCGACAACAAAUUACCCUGCCAGAUUGCUACAACGUUAAUGGAUGACAGCUGUUUAAAUCUAAAUUAUUUCUAUAUUUUUGUAUGUUUUAUGUUAAUAUUUUUUAAAAAAUAACAUUUUAUUGAAGCUUUCCUUUGCAAAAUAUAUUGUGUUGUUAAUAAUUCA